UUGAAUAAAGGAGCGGCGAUUUCGUAGCAACGGUUUCUAAGCAACUGUUUCGUUUAUGAAACCUUCAUCUAUGAUAAGGUUCUGAAAUGGAAAAUAAAUUAGAAAAACCUCAAAUAAUUGCACUUGCCGAAAAACCCGUUACUUACAAUCUUUUUGAUGGAAAGUGGAUUCCUUGCUCUGCCAAAUAUAUCGUUAUGGGAUGCAAACCCGACAACAGAGGUAUCGUUCAGAUUUAUGAACUUACUUCCGGUGAAUCAUCUCUUAUAUUCGAGACUGUGAAAGACUUACCGAUUAAGUGCUGUACUUUUGGUGCAUCCUCUCUGAAACAACGACAUCUGGCAACUGGCGGUUUCACAGGAAAAUUAGAAAUUUGGGAUAUUGAGCACAUGAAGGACCCUUUAUAUUCAGUAGAUGCUCAUAAAGAAAUAAUAAAUAGUAUAGAUGGUUUUGGAGGGCAAACAGUAGGCUGUGGAGCACCAGAGAUAGUCACAGGUGGAAGAGAUGGUUUUGUGAGAGUUUGGGAUCCAAGACAGAAGGAUAAACCAGUUGUUGCCAUGGAACCAACUGACAUCAAUCAGAAAAGAGACUGUUGGACUGUUACGUUUGGUAACUCAUACAAUAACGAGGAAAGGGUAGUUUGCGCUGGCUAUGAUAAUGGUGAUAUUAAAAUGUUUGAUUUAAAAAAUAUGUCAGUUAGAUGGGAAACAAACAUAAAGAAUGGGGUAUGCUGUAUAGAGUUUGACAGAAAAGAAAUAGAAAUGAAUAAACUGGUAGCUACGACACUUGAAGCUAAGUUUUAUGUCUGGGAUCUAAGAACACAUCAUGCCUCGAGAGGGUUCACUUCCUUGAAAGAGAAGGCACACAAAUCGACCGUUUGGGCUGUUCGCCAUUUACCACAGAAUAGGGAUUUAUUUAUGACAUGUGGUGGAAAUGGAUCUCUAUGCCUUUGGCAAUAUAACUAUCCCGAUAAGAGAUGGCGGGAAGAUGCUGAAGGAAAAGAAGUCGGUGUUGUCGGUACUUUAUCUCUCCUUCAGAAUGUCACUCUCGCUACACAACCUAUAUCAAGCUUCCAUUGGUGUCCAGACAAGCUGGGUUUGGCAGUGGCUACAUCUUUUGAUCAGACCCAUAGAGUAAUCAUUGUUACCAAACUGAACUUAUACUAAAUAAAAAUACACUUCACAACACAAGCAAUUAUUAUUUUACUAUACCUGGUUACGAUCCUUUUUAAGGAGAUUUAUCUUACAAUAAACAAUUAAUAAUAAAUUUCUAA